GUACGAAAAAUUCAGUGCUUUUGGAGUUCGUGCUUUCGAAUAUAAAUGAUAAAAAUAUAUAAACGUUUAGUGAAGUUUUGUUCUUAAAAUAGAAGAUACUAAAAUUAUAGUUUUUUUUAGUUAAUUUGUAAUUUAAAUGGUUCAAUUAAAAUGAGUGUAGAAUUUUUGAAUUUACUGAAGUAUGAAGCGAAGAUUGAAUCUGACAGUAAAUCUGCUGGUGGCCAUUGGAUCAGAAGAAAGGAGGCAUUAAGAGCUAAAAGAGGUCGGCAUGGUACACAGAAACUUAGAAAUAGAAGACAUAUUGAUACGAUAACGUCCGUAACCGAAGGUCCAGACCUUCAAGACAAGUCUACCAGAAGAAGUCAGCCACACUCGUCGCGCAUCUCCGCCGGUGAGAGCGAAUGGAGCGGUGCAACGGGUGGUCCUCCUGCAGAAGUAGUGCUGCGGUUACAUCCACCAUCCUCGACGUCACGAGUCAACGCUUCGUUAGCUGACGUCGAUGGCAGUGGUGUGGUGGUGAGAGCAGAGGAAGCCCUGAUAGUAGCCUUCGUCCUCCUGCUAUGGGUGGCAGCUAUAGCCUUGUUCUUCAAUCGAUGGGGCAAGAUCAGGUGCGUCUAUAAACUAAUGCUGGAGCCAUAUCAGCCGAAGUUCCAGCAGCAGCAUCGACAGAGUUGUGCUUUAGCUGAGAAUUCUGUAUCCGUGCCUCCACAUCACCGAGCAUCACUGUCACGCGGCUGUGUGUCAUACGACUGCGGGGCAUCAUUCCCAUCUUAUCAACCAUGCGGGUACCUGUCCCAUAGACCGCGGCAGAACUCGGUCUUCGUAAGUAGCAUGGGUAUGGGAGGGAUGGCACUCAUUCCUGAGAGUCCACCGAGACGGUCGCGGUCUGCGGCCGACAUCCCAGCCCUCGUCACGCCAUCAGAAAUGUCUCACCACACGCCCAGGUCUUCGAGAGCAGCCAGCUUACACAGCGCAGUAGAUAUCAGAGUAGGUCCGUCUCCAAGAACGUCCAGAGCUGCAAGUCUACAUUCAGCAGUAGAUAUGCCACAAGGGUCUGUCCAAGUUCACGUCAGAGGGUCAGGUUCGAACUUGAAUAGACCAAGAAGUCCAAGACGACUAACUAUAACUAAUGUGUAAUUUAAGCAAAACUGAAUUCUAUGUCUACGGUUUUAAGGACCAAUAUGUAUUUAUGACUGUCAAAGUCAUUAUAUUAUGUUUCCGUUUAAUAAAUGACUAUGAUAUUUAUAAGGUCUUUCGUGCUCAUUGAAAGAUUAUGAUUAUUAUUAUUACUGAAUAGUUAAACUUAAUUUUAA